CGCAUCAAGCAUGAAACCCACUCUCUUUCUCAUUCUCUUCAUUUCUUCUUUGUUCAAAGUAUCUGAAAUCAUGGCCAUGCCCGGCGGUUUGCGGGAGUCCUGUGGCGCCGAGAACAGCGUCGAAAUCGAAGAGCUUGGCCGUUAUGCCGUCCAAGAACACAACAAGAAACAGAAUAAGGUGCUCGAGUUUGCGAGAGUGGUGAAGGCACAAGAACAGGUGGUGGCUGGUACUUUGCAUCAUCUAACUAUUGAAGCUAUUGAAGCCGGGAAGAAGAAACUCUAUGAAGCAAAAGUUUGGGUGAAGCCAUGGAUGAAUUUCAAAGAUUUGCAGGAAUUUAAGCACGUUGGCGAUUCCCCUCCAGCUUUUACCUCUUCUGAUCUAGGUUGUAAGAAAGAUGGCCAUGGCCCUGGAUGGCAAGACGUGCCAACUCAUGAUCCUGUGGUUCAGGAUGCAGCUAAUCAUGCUGUUCAAACCAUUCAGCAAAGGUCCAAUUCCCUCUUCCCUUAUGUAGUCCAGGAGAUUGUUCAUGCAAAAGCUGAGGUCAUAGAAGAUUUUGCAAAAUUUAACAUGCUUCUGAAAGUGAAGAGGGGAGACAAGGAGGAGAAGUUCAAGGUGGAGGUACACAAGAAGACUGAGGGAACCUUCCAGCUCAAUCAAAUGGAACAAGAUCACUCUUGAAGCUUUAACUUUGCGUUUGACCCCAUAAUAUGAUACAUCCUUUUCUCUGGGUCGGAAUUUCUGUUUAUAUGCUGCUGAUGCUAUGUUACUAUCUUAUGUUUCAUAAAUUCUGUUCUCUGUAUUAACUUUCUAAAUGUGUUGCUACAAACAACAUAUAGUGAUGAAUGGUGAUAAAAACAUAGUUAUUUGUA